GAAAAGGCCCCAUUUGUUACUUUCUUUUUUCUUUUUAAGCAAAAAAAUCUAAAAAAAAAAAAGUAUUAUGCCUUCUACCACAACAGUACAGCCUUCCAUCACAGCUCACGUUCAUCCUCUUGUCUUACUUUCAGCAACAGAUCACUAUAACCGUGUUGCUAAGGAUACAAAGAAGCGUGUCAUCGGUGUUUUGCUUGGUCAAAAUAAGGGCAAGACAGUCAAUGUUUCAAACAGUUUUGCAGUCCCAUUCGAGGAAGAUGAAAAGGAUCCUUCAGUAUGGUUCUUAGAUCACAAUUAUGUUGAAGCCAUGAACGAUAUGUUUAAGAAAGUCAAUGCAAAGGAAAAGUUGAUUGGUUGGUAUCAUAGUGGACCCAAGCUUCGUUCUUCAGAUUUAGAAAUCAACGAGCUCUUCAAGAGAUACACACCCAACCCCGUACUUGUCAUUAUCGAUGUCAAGCCUAAUGAUGCUGAGAUACCCACUGACGCCUAUUUUGCUAUUGAAGAGAUCAAGGACGAUGGUACUACCACAACAAAGACGUUUAUGCAUGUUCCAUCAGAGAUUGUUGCAGAAGAGGCAGAAGAAAUUGGUGUUGAACAUUUAUUGAGAGAUAUCAAGGACAAUGCAGUUGGAACAUUAUCUACUCGUAUCACCUCUCAAUUAGGAUCACUUGGUGGAUUACAAGGCCGUCUUGAGGAAAUUCGUGAUUAUCUUCAAAAAGUCGUUAGUGGUAAAUUACCCGUGAAUCAUCAAAUCAUUUACAACCUUCAGGAUAUGUUCAACUUGCUCCCCAACUUGGAAAAUCAUGAGAUGGUCAAUUCAUUCAGCACAAAGACAAACGAUCAAUUAUUAUUAAUUUACUUGUCAAGUAUGAUUCGUUCCGUCAUCGCCCUUCACAACUUGAUCGACAACAAGAUUGAUAACCUCAAGAGCGAAACUGCUUUGGAGUCCUCUGAGGAAAAGGAAAUUAAAAUGGCCCCUACUGUCAAGUCCAAGAAGAACGCCGAGUCCAUCAACUCUCGUCUCCAACUCGUCACCAAGUCUGGCAAGUAUACUCUUGGUUACAAGACUACCUUGAAGACUGUCCGUCAAGGAAAGGCCAAGUUGAUCAUCAUUGCUGGUAACUGUCCUCCUCUCCGUAAGUCCGAGAUCGAGUACUACGCCAUGUUGUCCAAGACUGGUGUUCACCACUACAACGGUAACAACAUCGAUCUUGGUACCGCUUGUGGUAAGCUUUUCCGUACCAGUGUUCUCUCCAUCACUGAUGCCGGUGAUUCCGAUAUCUUGAGUGCCCAAUAAAGUGUUCAGCUUCUUUUGUUAAAAUUGCUUGAUGUUAUGAUAUUUAUCAAACUUCAAGCACUUUGAAAGAAAUUUGCCCACUUGUAUUUUUUUAAAUAAAAUCUCAUUGUUUAUUUGAAAAAAAAAAA